CUUCCACGCGAACCUCGGUCCACCUCAUUCAAUUGGCUCUCGGGCCCGCCGUACAGGGAGUAUAAUCCCUCACGGCAUCGCUAAAAGUCCCCGGCUGAAUCACAUCUCGUAGUGGUUUCAGAUCGUGUUCUAUCGUGGCCCAUCACACAUCCCCAACUGACCCCGGCACAUCAGCAAAUCAGCGCGGUCUAUUGCCAGCAGCUUUCUUGUUAGUACGAUCAGGUCGCAGCAGCAGCGUAACCAUGGCCGCGACAGAUUUUUCAAAUCCCAAAUCCCUGGAUGUGUUAACAUCCACGGUGAACCAGACGCUCAUUGACACGGCCCGGUUCUUCAACUCGCACGAGAAGAUGCAGUACAGGGCACAGCUCAAACGCUCAAUCCCCGUCGCUCACGAGCAGUUCCAGACCGCUUUGGACAGCCUCUCGGAGCAGAUUUUUAUUGCCAAGGCGUUCUUGGAGCGAGACUAUGAGGCAAUCAAAGCGCGAAAAGCUGCACUUCAUUCUGCCCAGGACUCCGCGAUGGAGGAUGCGGUCGUGAAGCCCGAGCCAGAAACGGCCCCCCAGCCUCAGGAAACCCCAGUCGUAGCCACGAAUGCAGACACAAUAAAGGCCGAGCCCACGGAAUUUGAACCUGUGUUGAAGCCGCAGAUUGAGCAGGAUGUCGUAAAACAAGGCUCGACUGAUCAAUCUGUCAAGGAAGACCAAACCGACAACGGAGCUACCGCCCCUACCGUCUCCGGACAACCUUUCACCGGCCCGGACGAACUCAACUUCGACUCAAUGCUCAACAAUAAUCCCGGGCCCAACGAUUUCGACCUGAACCUUGACUUUGGCGAUGACGCAGUUGGUAAUGAUGAUUUUCUCGCCGGCUCCCACCUGGUUCCUACCGGUUCGGGCAAUGAAGGCAACGCUACGUCUGGCAACACCGCGGCUGGCCUAGUGGGCACUGAUAGCAUGAAUACUGCUGUGCCUACGGGUGGAGAUGCGUUUGACUUGGAAUUGCAGAAAGCUGAGGCGUUCUCCACCCAAGUUGGCAGUCUGACGGGACAACAGCUGGACGGUCAAGGAGGGGGAAACCUCGAAGAUGUUAUGGCACCGGGAGAGUCCAGCUUUGACGAUUUAUUCAUGGAGAAUGACACCUUCGGAGGGGAUGGGACCGGGGACCCGAAUUUAUUGGAAGGCGACGGAUUGGUGGAUAUCAACGAACUUGACGAUAGCUGGUUUACAUGAUCACCUCCUGGGCAGUGGCCGUACGGCUCGGGAUGCGAUUUAUGGGUGACGACACUGUGCGUUGGAAUCACGAAAUACAGGCAGUUCUAUAUAGCAGCGUCCCCUACAAAUUCGGGUAAUAAGCUAAGCCAAACGGAGUCGGUUUUCCUGUCGCAGACUCUUACUCAUUACCCCGGCUGAAACCCCUUCGAAGUGUCAGGUCCAUUGCUAUCUCCUGCCG